AUGAGGCCGUCAGAUGGUCCGGAUGAUGGUAGUUGGAUGACCCUGGCGGGCCGCAGAGAGUGCGUCGCAUGUUCCUGCAAUGGACAUUCGGAUCAAUGCGAUCCAGUUGAUGGAGUAUGCUUGAACUGCCAGCACAACACGGAAGGAAGCAACUGUGAGAUUUGUUCACCGGGGUACUACGGAGAUGCCACGUCGGGUGAGCCCUACGGCUGCCUACAAUGUCCCUGCCUCAAUCUCGACCCUCUGCAAAAUAACAUAAUAACAUGUUACCAGAGGGAAAGAGACGUUGUGUGUCUGUGUCCAGAAGGGCAUGAGGGGGAUCGAUGUGAAAGGUGA